GAACAAUGUGAGGUUUCUGAUCCCUCCAACUACUCAAACUUUUUUCAUCCACAAUUAGUAGCAAUUAUAAUCAAAUCAGCAGAAAAAUUUUCAAAUAUAAGUGGUCCUGCUUCAAAUUAAAGACCCAGAAAACCACCUACCCCUCAUUAAACUUGGUGUACAGUGUACUAUAUAUAUAGGGGUGGGUGAGGAGUGGAAGAAAUUAACAAAAAUGGCAGUAGGAAAUGGAGGUGAGGUAUGGAAAGCCCAUGGUGCAAUGGUUUUGGUGCAGCUUUUCAAUGGUGUUUACCAUGUGAUUACCACAGUGGCUCUCAAAGUGGGCAUGAAUGAAAUUGUCUUCUGUUUGUAUAGAGACCUUCUUGCUAUAUCUAUUCUUGCCUCAAUUGCCUAUUUCCGUGAAAAGAGGUUGAGGGUUCCUCUGAAUAAACAGCUUCUACUGUCAUUCUUCAUUUUAGGAUUGACUGGUAUUUACGGUAACCAACUCUUGUUCCUUGUUGGUCUUGGCAACACAAAUCCGACUUAUGCUGCUGCUUUGCAACCUGCAAUACCAGUCUUCACAUUCAUACUUGCUGUACUUUUGGGUACAGAAACUGUGAAAUUCUUUACUGUGGAAGGUCAGGCAAAAGUUGGAGGUACCAUUGUUUGUGUUUCUGGGGCAAUUUUAAUGGCCUUAUUCCGCGGUCCAGCGAUGUUUGGAGGCGGCACAUCAAUCUUCACAGCACAAAUUGAGAUAAGUUCUAAGGGUCAACCAGAGCCUGCUGGAUGGCUAAUGUCUAGUUUUCUGGAGCUUGGACUUGAUAAGUGGCACCUCGGUGUUUUAUGCUUAAUAGGGAACUGUAUAUGCAUGGCAGCAUACUUGGCUCUUCAGGCUCCAGUUUUGGAAAAAUACCCAGCAAGCAUAUCAUUGACAGCAUAUUCUUACUCUUUUGGCGUUCUAUUAAUGAUAGGGACGUCAUUCUUUGCGACUGAUGGAUCAACAAACUGGUAUUUGACACCAUCUGAAGUUGUUGCUGUGUUCUAUGCUGGAAUUGUUGCAUCAGCGCUGAACUACGGACUUAUGACAUGGUGCAAUAAGGUUCUUGGCCCUUCUUUAGUUGCUUUAUACAAUCCACUUCAACCUGCUGCAUCAGCAAUUUUGUCUAGUAUUUUUCUUGGGAGCGCUAUUUAUCUGGGAAGCAUUUUGGGAGGAGUUCUCAUUAUAGUUGGGCUUUAUUUAGUAACUUGGGCAUCUUACAGAGAGAUGCUGACAGCCAAGGGAACUGUUCCUCAUGCGCCUCAGAUGACGGAUCCCCUAAUCCCAUAUCAGACAGGACACAUUACCUCUGUUCCUUCUUCCUCAGUGCCAUAGAUCACUGAUUAGAUAUUUCUGCAGAUAUCAUUUGCAUGUUCCU